GUUUGAUGCACCGCCUUUUCUGCAAAUCAAAAGAUAUUCUUACAUUCACUCAUAACGAGCGUGGUUGGAUUAUAGUAAAUGUACAACAAAUAGGAUAUUACCGCGUUAACUAUGAUGAUGAGAAUUGGCGAAGAAUUUCAGAUUAUCUAUACUAUGAUGAUUUUACGACAAUUCAUGUUCUUAAUCGUGCCCAAAUUAUCGAUGAUGCAUUUCAUUUAAUGAUAGCAGACCAACUCGAAGCCUCUAUAUUCUGGAGUAUCACAUCGUAUUUGGAUAGAGAAAUAGAUUAUAUCGCAUGGUAUCCUAUGUUUAAAGCUCUGGAAUACAUGUUUAGUACUUUUCCAGUGGACGAAAGAACUGAAAAAUAUGCGGAUAAAAUAAAUAAGACAAAAACCAUAUUAAACAAGUUACUUGCAAAAAUCAAAUAUGAAGAAAUUGAUGAUGCAGACGAACUUAGAAUAUGUUUACGACAAGAAGCUGCAAGAUGGGCAUGUUUCCUCGGUGACAUCACUUGUAUGAAGAAAGCGAAAAAUAAAUUAGAACAACAUCUCCAAGAUCCUAUAAAACACAGACUUUUGCCAUGGUGGACGGCAUGGACAUAUUGUAGAGGUUUGAUGAUAACUACUAUGAAUGAGACCACUCUUGAAUUAAUGUAUAUUAGAAAAGUGGAAGCAACUGACAUUAAAUUUUCAGAAUACAUGGCUUGCAUAAACUAUACUGAUUUCAUCAAAAUGUAUUUAUUUCAUAAACAGCACUCUAAUACAAGAGAGGAAGAUCAAUUUCUCGUUAACAGUUUCUUACAUUUUAUUACGAAGCAUGCGAAGAAUCCAAUUAUACUGCAGUAUAUAGUCCAGAAUUUUAACGAAAUAAAACUAAAAAAUGUUAAUAUAAUUGCAGCAUUAAUUAUUAUGAUUAAUAACGUAUAUUCCGAAUAUUUAGCUGAGAAAAUAAUGAUGAACGCUUACAGUAUUCUAGAAACUAACUUAGUUGAAGUAAAUAACACAAUUAGAAGACAUCAAAAGAAGACGAUAAGUGACAAUGUGAUUAAAGAGAUAUACAGCCAAAUUAAAAUCCGGGUUUCAUUUCGCAAAAAACAAAUCGAGAAGCAGAGACAAUAUUUUGAAAGGUUUUUCUUCUAAUCGGUGGAUGUAAAAAAAAUUGCAGCUUUUUAUAUGUGGACGUACCUCAUAUGAAUUUUUUUCAUAUAAUUUUUUUAUUUUGUACGUACUACUUCUUUUACUGCUUUAAAUAUUGUUUAUUUAGAUGUAUUACUAUCCGAUGCCUUUAUAUUUACAUUUAUAAAAGUAUGACUGCAUGCAUCAAG